AUCGAUGCCACCCCCACUCUUGCGCCUGCGCCUCAGGCUCUGACUCUCGGCCGGCGUUUCUUAGCGUCUGCGCAAGCUCUUACUCUGACUCACAGAGCAGUACUCACUCCUGGCUACCGGAAAGGACGAAAGGAUGGAGGAAUGAGCCAGGCUCAGCCGGGCGGGUUCGAGACUCUGCCCCUGCUCUCUGCUGCUGGGCUUUGAACAAGUGGCUUUAUGAGCACGUUGUUGUUGGUUGUGGAGUUAAAGACAGUUAAUGCGCGCAGAGGGUUGAGCACUGAUCACAAGUGGAAAUAGAGGUGCAGAAGUCAACUCCAACUUUGCACAAGGCUAGGUUCUAGGAUGUACUCUGGCUUGGGUUAGGAGUUCGAUAAUCGGAAGACAGACGUGGACUUCCUGGACUGUGCUUUGUGUGGCACUGGACAGUGGACUCUGACCUAGGACAGUGCACCCCUCCUCCUCACUGUCCUGUCACCGACUGUCCGUAGCAGGACCGCCAUGCUGUCCCCUGGGGCUCUGUUGUUCUUCACCCUGCUCUUGACAGCCAGUUCGCUGGGCCAAAGGACUCGAAAGCCUUAUGGGUCUAUGUCCCCUAUCAGCACCAUCCAGGCUCAGGCCAAUUUCAAUGCUCAGCAGUUUGCAGGGAUAUGGCUCCUUGUGGCUGUGGGCUCUGCGUGCCGCUUUCUUCAGGAGGAGGGACACCAGGCUGAGGCCACCACAUUGCACGCAACUCCCCAGGGUGCCGCUAUGGCUGUCAGCACCUUUCGAAAGCUAGAUGGGAUAUGUUGGCAGGUACGUCAACUCUUUGGGACCACAGGGGUCCCUGGCCACUUCUUGCUCCAAGCCCCACGGGCCCGUGGACCAGUGCAUGUGGUGGUUGCUGAAACCGACUACCAGAGCUUUGCCAUCCUGUAUCUGGGGCAGGCGAGGAAGCUGUCUGUGAAGCUAUAUGCCCGCUCACUGCCAGUGAGUGAUUCUGUCCUGAAUGUGUUUGAGCAGCGAGUCAGGGGAGCCAACCUGACGGAAGACCAGAUCUUUUUCUUUCCCAAGUAUGGUUUCUGCGAAACUGCGGACCAGUUCCACGUCCUGAAUGGUGAGUGGUCAUCAGGGCAGAACAGUGAAGGGCUGUGGCCAAGGCCUUUCCUGCCCCUGCUCAAGUUUCUAUCUACUGCAGAGGUGCCAAGAUGAGGCCAUCUAGUGGAGAAGCUGUGGACAGUGGACCACCCUCAGAGAGUUCGCAGAGCAUCCUGAGUGCACUCUUGGAGUCUCUCCUGUCUGUCCCCAGAAGCACCCCUUCAUACAGCUCUGUUGUCCUGGGGCUUUCCAGUAAACAUCAGACUUGGCCUAGGA